AAGAUUUCAGUUUCUUCAUGUGUACUUAUAUUUGUCUGUUACAUGUUUGUAACUUUCUUUCAGGUAUUGAUUCCAUUUCCAUGGACAUGAAGGAAAAGAAGUUGACAGUGGUUGGAGAUGUGGACCCUGUGGAAAUAGUGAACAAGUUGCGCAAAACUUGGUUCACUGAAAUAGUAUCUGUAGGGCCGGCAAAAGAAGAAAAGAAAGAUGAUGGCAAGAAAGAUGAUGGCAAAAAAGAUGAUGGCAAAAAAGAUGGGGGUAAAAAAGAUGAAAAGGACCAGAUUGCUGAACUUAUCAAGGCCUACAAAGCUUACAAUCCUCACAUGACCCAGUACUACUAUGUGCACAGUAUGGAGGAAAAUCCAAAUGCUUGUGUUAUUUUUUAGUUUUGAUGCUCUGGGGUUGGCAUAUUUAGACCUUUAUUUAUUUAUUUAUUUGUUGGAAUGAAAUUGGGACAAACCAUGAAAAUGGUUAGUCCUUUGUAUAUAGUUCUUGCUAUGAAAGAUUGGAACUUUCAAGUUCUGGUCUAGAGCCUUAUAGAGUUGAUAAA